UGUUAUUAUUCUCUAUGUUUAUCUGCUAUGGCCUGACCAUCAAAUUUGACCUAUUUUGGACAUCGAUAUGAUAAUUCACAAUUGUUUAUUUAUCAUGGAACUUUGAAUUUGCUCGAGAAGUUUGAAUUAAAACCAAUAUUCUGUACUUAAAGCUGGACUGCUCCCAUGGGGCAGUACAUUAUUGGAGUUUUGCUUGGAUUCCUUAUAGGGUUAUCGCAUUAAUUACUACUUAACCGUCUGGAGCUAAGUUUUAAAUGUCUACAAUUAUUGUUUACAUUUCAUGCUUUCUAAUUUUGAUUGACUCACAGGUUAUUCUGUCAAGUAUAGAGGGAAGCCCAGGUGCUGAUGCCGGCAUACAUGAAGGAGAAGAGCUUAUUGAAAUUGAUGGGCGCCUGACCUCUAAAAGUGAUGUGUGUAGCUUCGGCGUUGUGUUACUAGAGAUUCUAACAGGUCGACGAUCCAUAGAUAAGAAUCGUCCUGGUGGGGAGCAAAAUUUGGUAGCUUGGGCCCUCCCCCGUUUGGCAGACAAGAGGAAGCUUCACCAACUAGUAGACCCUCGUUUGGAACUGAAUUACUCAAUCAAAGGAGUGCAAAGGUUGCACAGUUAGCAUACUAUUGCCUAAGCAGGGAUCCCGAAUUUCGGUCUUCAAUGGAUGAAGUGGUGAAGGGCUUAACGCCAUUGUUGCAUCUUGAUGAUCUAGCCCACUUGUCAUUCCAUAGUCGACCAUCACACCAGGCUCGUAAGGGGUAGCAGGUAAGAAAGAUGGAAGAUGAAAUGGUCAUUGGAAUGUCCAAGAUUGUUUUCUCUGCCCCAUUUGGCUUGAUUGGUUGAGUUUUCUUCAAUACUUGGGUUCGUGCAGAAACUUUGGAAGUGAAAGAGAGUUUCUUAAAAGUUCCAUGUUCUUGUGAAACUCUUCAUGCUUUGAAUUCAGUGGGAAAGGUUUAGCAAUGGCAAUGAGGAUUGCUUGCCUUAUGGCUUUUUCUUCUGGAAUGGCCCAACCAAACAGUGGCAGCAAUCACUUUGGAAUCUGGAAAAGCUCUUUCCAGAAAUACCAUGGACAGGCAAUCUCGUAUUAAGUAUGGAAACAUCAAGAACUUGCUAUCGAUUUGCCUGGCACUGCACUUAUGGUAAGUUGUGUAUAAGUAAGUAAAAUAUCUCCUGCUGGAUGGGGACCAAAAGUUUAUCAUCCUUGAUGCUGUUAUGAGAAAUCCUGAUAUUGUAAUCAAAAUGGAUAGAAGACAAAGAUAUUGCCGCAAACCUCACAUUCCUGAAAUUAAUGUUUCAUUAUGUUUCUUUUGCACUU